UCUUUCUCUAUGCCCAUAUUUCAUAUUUCUCCUGAUCUAGGGGAGAUGGAAGUCCUCAACCAGACCGAGGUCACGGAGUUCAUCAUGGUGGGCUUCCCAAACCUCCAGCGCUUCCACAAGCCCCUCUUCCUUUUGCUCCUCCUUGUCUACCUCUUCACCAUCUUUGGCAACCUGCUCAUUUUCACCAUCAUCCGCACCGACCCCAAGCUCCACACGCCCAUGUACUUUUUCAUCAGCAUCUUGUCCUUCUUGGAGAUCUGGUAUACAGCCACCACCAUCCCAAAGAUGCUCUCCAACCUGCUCAGCGAAAGGAAGAGCAUCUCCUUUGCUGGAUGCCUCCUGCAAACUUAUUUCUUCCACUCGCUGGGGGCCACUGAGUGCUACCUGCUCACAACAAUGGCGUACGAUCGGUACAUUGCCAUAUGCAACCCUCUCCGCUAUCCAUCCAUCAUGACAACCAAGCUGUGUGUUCAAAUGGCUGCUGGGUGCUGGAUCUGUGGCUUCAUGUGUCCUGUCACUGAAGUCAUCUUAGUCUCCAAGCUCCCUUUCUGCGGCCCCAAUAAGAUUGAGCACAUCUUCUGCGACUUCCCACCAUUGCUCAGCUUGGCCUGCACUGACACCUCCAUCAACGUCUUGGUUGACUUUGCGGUCAACGCCUUCAUCAUCCUAGUGACCUUCCUGCUCAUCAUGGUCUCCUAUGUGAAGAUCAUCCAGUCCGUCCUGAAGAUCCAGGCGGCCGAGAGUCGUGAGAAGGCUUUUUCCACCUGCGCCUCCCACCUGACGGUCGUCCUGCUCUUUUUCGGAAGCAUCAUUUUUAUGUACGUCAGGCUGAAGAAAAGCUAUUCUUUGGAAUAUGACAGAGCAUUCGCCGUGAUCUAUGCCGUCCUCACCCCAUUGGUCAACCCAAUCAUCUAUAGCUUGCGGAACCAAGAAAUCCUAAGAGCGAUAAAGAGGAAGAUCAGGAUGAAUAUGGCAGAGCUUCCGUCAUGAACUUCACCAUCCUCAGCCCAUUAGUCAACCCAAUUCUCUACAAAAGAGAUGGGAAGCCCAAGGACCAAAUGCAACCCUCCACACCUCUCUUUCUGGACCUCAGGACUUUCUCAAGGCCACACAACUUCCACAUCCACUGUAUCAAAUGCUAGUCAUGCUCAGAGUGGCUCCAUUGAAAUUAUUGGACAUGACUAACUUAGUUCCAUUAAUUCCAAUGGGUCUACUCUCAGUAGAACUUAGUA